UCAGAAUCUAAGCGACGAUGCUUCUUCGCUCCUGCCGUUCUCGGGAACCAGAACUAUGAAACUAAAAGGUGACACGAAACAAGAAAAUGCAGAAAUGCGGUUGCAUUAAUUAAUAUUGUAAAAUGGCUGCAGUGAGCGCGCGCAGUCUUGUGGCCGUGAUGAAGUAUUCCAGAAAUACAUACUUAGUUAGUUGGCUCUAAAUUCCUGUCAGCAUCAUCGAUUUGAUGUGGACUCCGUCGAUAACCAGAUGACAGUCUGCAUGCUGCAAUCAAUAACCUUUAGAAUUUAUACCACUGCAUGUGCAGGCAGGUACCGGCGUGCCGCACGCCGUAAAGGUAGCCGAAGACUAAAGCAGCUUUAAUAAUUACGAGUACUUCAGUAUAAAGAAUUAUAACUGUAUGUUACGAUGUAUCAUGAAGUACAAUAUGUGCUGGACUUGGACUGUUCAUCGGAGGACCGUGGGAUACAUCGUGGCUCAGAAAUUUAUGAUAUUUCUGUUUCAGUGGGAAAAGCAUAGUUUUUCGCAUAUCCGCAUGCUUUUUGGAUAAAACAGGCAUUUACGUAUAUAUAUACGAAUAUUUGGGUAUAUACUCGUAAACUGUAUAACGGUUCUGGUUGGACCACUACUUUAAUACCACGAAGUUCAACCGCCCAAACGAACCGUUCGUAUUACCAAUUGAAAGACCACAAAUCAUCCCGAAUAUGCCUUUGACUAACCUUGCGGCUUUCAAACUCGGAUCUGCUCUGGGAAUUGGAGCUUCCCCGAAAUCGUUGCCAGUUCGUCGGCCAACUGCUCUAACGGUGAUCGCAAACUACGGCGAGAGAUUCCAGCGGGACAUUGAAAUGGAGGCGAACACGCCGACACUGAGAUUGGGAAAUAUGAAUUUCGUCUUUUCCGAUCACGAGUGGCAUCAGACGUCAACGGAAGAAGAAGCCGCUGAUCGAAACCCGAAUAUCUCGGUGGCAAUUCGGGACCGCUCGCAAACAACGCAAGUGCCGCGCACAGCAAAUGAUAUAAGCGCAUCCUCGGACCGCAGCGUAAUUAUAUCUUUGCAAAACAUGGUAGAAGAACUGAAAAAAGAAAAGAACUUCCUGAUAAUCAAGAACGAAGCUAUGAUGGAUAUGCUAAGCGAAGUCGUAGCGGAGAUGCGCCUGCAGGAGCAUCCGGAAAAGGAACAAUGAUCUGCCAGAACUGCGCAGUAUUACGGCAAGGAAUCCGAUCACAGGGAUCGGAACCGCGCCGAUAAUCACAACUCAUCCAUUUGAAUACUAACAUUAAAAUAGCGAGUAAUUUUGUUUUGAACUGGAAAGCGGGCGGUAAUGUCAUGAGUAACGAUUGUGUAUAGGUUAAAUUGUUAUAGGUUAAAUUAUACCAUUCUGUUGUUCGUUUUACUUGCAGGUUGUAACUGAUUAGAGCACUGUUCCCGUUAUUGCUGACCAUAAUGCAGUGGA